AUGGUCUCAUGCCUGAACCCCAGCGUUGCCGUCAAGCGACUGGGGCUGGUGAAAGAAGCGGGGCAAGACAUCUUGCGCUUGUGGAACGCCUUCCUGAAGGAGAACCCUGCGGCCUUGGAGGCGGCGAGGUCCUACGGCUCAGACUGGACGCUGCACUUGGGAAAGCUUCUCAAGGUCGAGACCGAGCCGGCGGUCAACCUGAAGGGCAAGUUUGGGUUCAAAUCCCCAUUGAACGCUCCGAUGUGGAAGGCCUGGCAGAAAUUCUCCCGGGACCCAGACGAACACCUACAUGUUUGGGCGGUGACAGGUGCCCCGCUGGGGAUGGAUGCACGCAUCCCGGAGUCAGGAGGAGUCUUUCCGCCUGUUGGAGAUGAAUCGGAACAGGCUCAGUUGGCCCCCGAGUUGGAGGUGCAGUUGGGCAUGGGCAACUACAAAUCCAUGCAGGACGACGUGGAGGGGGCCCAGCAGGAGUUGGACCGAUUGGUGUCAAGAGGCUUCGCCGUCUACCUGACGAAGGAGGAAGCAAAGCAGAACUUCCAUCGGGCCAUCAUGAGCCGUUUGGCCCUCAUCACGAAAGUGAAGGACACGGGAGUCAAGAAGCACCGCAUCAUCAGCGACCUCUUGCGCUCCGGAGGCAAUGACCGAGCCAGAGUACCAGAGAGGAUCAUAUUGCCGAGGAUUUCAGAUGUGGUCGGCUCCCUGCGGGAUUUAUACAAGCAGCGCUUGGCCAACCAGCAGACUGGGGGAUGGCAAUUUGAGCUCAUCAGUGCGGACUUGGCGGACGCCUACAUGCACUUCGGGGUCCAUCCAUCAGAGUUGCAGAACUGCUUGGCCCCUGGGUUGAAAGAGGAUGAGCUGGUCUUGUUCAAGGCAAUGAGCUUUGGCUUCAAGGGGGCUCCGCUGGUGAUGGGCCGCCUAUCGGCAGCAGCGAUGCGCCUCUUCCAAGCUAUGAUGCCCGAGGCACAGGGCCAGAUUCAAUGCUACAUGGACGACCCCCUGAUGGUUCUGCAAGGGCCGGUCGACGAGCGCCAAGCGAUCCUAGCCAUGCUGCUGUACACGGCCCACGCCUUUGGCCUGCAAUUGUCCUACAGCAAGGCCGACAGGGGGACCAAGCUCUCUUGGAUAGGGGUCAGCAUCGAGGUCGACGAGCAGAACAAGCUGAUCAUCCUCAGCCCUCCAGAGAAGCUGGUUACUGAGGUCACCUUACGGCUGAAGACGUGGGAAGCCAUGGUGAGCCUGAAGUCGCUGAAGUCGACGACCGGCAAGCUGAGCUGGAUUGCGGGGAUCAUCCCGCGGUGCCGCUGGGCGGUCUCCAUCCUCUACGGCGUCAUCGCGGACCACGAGCGGGAUGUGGCUUCUGGAGCCGAAGCACGGCGAUCCGCAGCCAGGGAGGAUCCUCGAGAUAAGGCGCACUUGGUCCCGGCUAAGAGGAUGAGGUUGGCCAAAGAGUGGCUCCUGAAGAUGCUGGAGACUGAGGAGGUCUGGCGCUCUCGAAAGAUUUCCUUGAUCGAAGAGGCGCCCUUGUUUGCGGUCACCACAGAUGCCUCACCGUUGGGGGUGGGGGCCGUCCUUUCAGCUAUCGACCACAAGACGCAGAACCUCACCCCACUGUCGGCAAUUCGAGGCAAAGUGACAAGAAAUGUGGCCUCAACGUUGGGCAUCCAGCACGGGGACCCUUCAGGCCAAGCAGUCCUAGAAGCUUGGACGGUGCUGCUGGCGAUCCGCUACUGGGUGUUCAGGCUACGAGACCAGAAGGUCUUGUUGAAGGCGGAUUCGACGGUGGCUCUGGCGAUUUCAAAGAAACUGGCUUCAGCCACCCCAACUUUGAACUGGAUUGGGGCCGAAUUGAGCCUAACCCUCGAAGCCUUCAACAUGGGUGAGCUGACGGUCCACCAUUUGGCGGGCAAGCUGAACGUGGUGGCGGACCAUUUGUCGCGGCCUGACAAGGCAGGCGACCCGCCAGAACUUGAAGGAGUCCAAGUUCGAGCCAUGAAUGAGGCUUGGAUGCUGGACUGCCGACUGCCCCCGCCUGGAGUGCAGUCGGAGCUGUGGGGAAAGACCCCAGGCCUUUUGCAGGUCUUCGACAACCUGUAA